AUGGCGAGACUCCCCAGCAUCAUCGCCAUGAUUUUGGCUCUCUCCCUCAUGGCGCCAGCUCUGGCAACUAUACACUAUGUCAUGCCAAACUACACUUGGCAGCUCAACCAUACGAUCAGUUCCGGCCCGGGAGGGGGACUUCCUCUUCCGCAGCUCCCAGUUAACAGUUCAACCUCUACACCGGUCUCCAACCCAAUCACGAACUCGACCUCAAACUUCUACACGUUCUCCCCAUUCUCGUACUACAACUACAACCAGGAACGUAUCAAAGUCCGCCCCGAAGGCUGGCAAGGCCCUGUUGUGACCUAUGACAACAACUCACUCAGCGUUUAUGGCGAGCGGAUCAUGCUGUACAGCGGAGAAUUCCACUAUUUCCGACUGCCACGAUCCCCCGAGCUGUGGUGCGAUGUGCUGGCCAAGAUCAAAGCCAUGGGCUUCAAUGCCGUCAGUAUUUAUGUCCCCUGGAUGAUGUUGGAGCCACUGAGGGGAGAGUGGGACGAGGUUGGUUGGUUUGAUUUGGACUUGUUUAUAGGAUUCGCUCAGACGAAUGGCUUAUAUGUCAUUGCCCGGCCAGGGCCUUACAUCAAUGGCGAAGUCACUGGAGGCGGCUUGCCGGGGUGGCUGCAGAGAACCACGCCCACUCUACGAACUGCAGACCUAGAGUUUCUACAGGCUUCUGAAAACUAUGUCGUCAGAGUUGCCAAUCUCAUGGCCAAAUGGCAGGUCGACAACGGAGGACCGGUCAUUCUCUAUCAGGUAGAGAAUGAAUACACCAUGUCCACCGACAGCUACAAAGGAUUUCCUGACAACGGAUAUAUGCAAUGGCUCAUCGAAAAGGCAAAGAACGCGAGCAUCACUAUUCCCAUCAUCAACAACGACGCUUGGCCCGCCGGAAACAGUCGCCCCGGCAUCGGUGUGGGCGAAGUUGAUAUCUACGGUCAUGAUCUUUAUCCCUUUGGUCUCGACUGUUCGGCGAAGGAUUGGCCAGAGAAUGCUACCUACACAGAUCUUUGGUCGAAGCAUAUCGGCAUGAGUCCAGGAACCCCCUACACAAUCCCUGAGGGCGGUGCUUAUGACACCUGGGGGUCUGUGGGAUAUGAUGAGUGCGUGAAGCUGUUCGACGACGUGCAGGCUCGCGUGCUCUUCAAGAACAGCUAUGCGGCCGGUGUGAAGGUUUUCAACGUCUACAUGAUCUUUGGCGGAACAAACUGGGGUAACUUGGGAGAUCCCUAUGUCUAUACCAGUUAUGACUAUGGAGCGGCAAUUGCUGAAGACCGCACCAUUGGCCGACCCAAAUACUCUGAGCUCAAGCUUCAAGCCAACUUUUUCAAAGUCUCUCCAGGGUACUUGGCAGCAAUGCCAUUCGAAAACAUGACCGAAGGCAUAGUUGGGUUUCAGAUGAAUUCCACAGACGACAAGCUUGUUGCAACUCAGCUCACCGGCGACUUCGGCACAUUCUACGUUAUCCGUCACCGUGACUAUCGUCAGACUGACGACGUUGCCUUCACUCUCAAGCUACCCACAGCCUCCGGGAGGUGGCAUCUGCCGGCAAGAUCAGCCAACUUUGUGUUGUCUGGUCGCGACUCCAAGCUACUCGUCACGGACUACCCUUUCGGCGGGUUCUUUAUGACUUACUGUUCGGCAGAAAUUCUUACCUGGAACAGCUACAACAAGACAACCAUUGUGAUCUACGGAAAUAUUGGCGAAUAUCAUGAGCUUCGCUUCACCCACCCCUGGGCAGACCCCAUCCUUGAAAGCAGCGGUGUCAAUCUUUUUGCUGACAUAAAUACGACUGCCGCUCAGUGGACAAUCGGUCCAGAUAGACAAUGGGCAGUGAUCAACAAUUAUGUGUAUAUGCACUUUGAAAAUCGAAAAUCUGCCUACAAAUAUUGGACGGUGGAUUUAGUCCCAGCGUACUCUGAGGGGGCAUCAUCGAUCAUUGUUUACGGCGGUUAUCUGAUCCGUUCAGCAGCCGAGACUUGGCUUGAGGGCGGGAUCACCACGGGUUUGAUCCUGAUGGGUGAUUUCAACGAGACAACCACACUCGAGAUCAUGAACGUUCCACUCCUCGCUCGAACGCUCACUGUGAAUUCCGACCCAGUGAAUUACACAGUUAAUGAGCAUGGUAACUGGGUAGUCACAAUUGACUACAAGUCUGCCAACAAUACUGGCACGCCGGAUCUCGUCACUGGAAUAGAGUGGAACUACCGUGACUGUCUGCCUGAGAUCCAGUCGGAUUACGACGAUUCUGGCUGGCUUCGAUCAGUCCUCAUGACCAACAACACCGACACUGCCCCUGCAUACACACCCACCUCUCUUUACGGCUCCGACUAUGGAUUUCACACCGGAGUGCUCGUCUUCAGAGGUCACUUCCAGGCGGCAAGGGUGAAGGCGGCCUUGAACUUGUACACCCAGGGCGGCCCGGGAUUUGCAGUUUCUGUCUGGCUUAACGACCAAUUCCUUUACAGUUUUGACGGCAAUCUCGACACCGAGGGCAACGAUACGCUGUACUAUCUUCCUGACUUGGAGGUGAACUACGACAACCUGGUCAACUACAACCUCACUGUCCUUGUCGACAACAUGGGCUUGGAGGAGAACCUGAUAGUAGGGGCAAACCGCAUGAAGUCGCCGCGUGGUAUCAUGAACUACGGUAUAUUUGACGAAACUGUGCACAAUAUCGUCAUGCCCAUUGACUGGAAGCUGACGGGCAACUGGAAGGGGGAGUAUUAUGCAGACAAGGUGAGGGGCCCUCUGAACGAAGGGGGUCUGUUUGCUGAGAGAAUGGGCUACCACCUUCCGGGAGCUCCGCUGUCUGGGGAUACCUCGAAGAACCCAUUCAAGGACGGACUUGACAAGCCAGGUGUUGGGUUUUGGUCUGCGAAGUUGACGAUCAACUGGGACAGAAUAUACGAUACGCCACUGAGCUUUGUGUUUCAGGAGACGGACGAGAGCAAGAGGGCGGCGAAUGGUUGCCGGGCAUGGCUUUAUGUCAAUGGCUAUCAGUUUGGGAGGUAUAUUUCCAAGUUUGGACCUCAGAACGAGUUCCAUGUGCCGGAUGGGAUUAUUUACACGAAUGGGACAGAGAAUCAUAUUGCCAUUGCGAUGUGGGCGCCGAAUGAAGGAGGGGCGAAGUUGCCGUGGCUGAGCUUGAAGAGUGGGCAUCCGGUUAGGUCGACGAGGAUUUGGCCGGGGGAUAUGAAUUCGUUUGUGGCGGAGAGUUAUUAUGACGGGAGAGAGGGGUCGUAUUGAGGUGCUGUGAUGGGAUGGCUUCUUUGGAAGGCAGGCUGGUUGGUGCUGGCUACUGCGGGAGAUCGGAUGGUGGUUCAGGUGCCGACGCUACUCCCUACUCGGUGUGUGUGGUACCUGCAGGAGUCGGAGGGAGAAAAGGAGGGGAUGCUCCGUAGGAGAGAUUUUCUUGGUGUGACAGCUUUGCUUGAUUUUUUUUGACAGGAACAGGGUUAGAUUCUAUGAGAGCAAGUUACAAGAUGUGAAUAUGAUUAGAUAUCAAUUGAUCAUUUGACACACACACACACUCUACGACGGCGAUGAGACGGUGCUGGUGUUAGUUUUUGAGAAUUCUGCCGCAUGAGCCGUGAGGUUGCAUUUUCUCAGCUGUGUGCAUUCCAGCCCAAGGCAUGCAAGUCAUCUUUUCUUUUCAGCAGUGCGGUGAAAAUUGUUCGCUCUGCAGGUACGAUGGAUGGGUAAGGUAGGGAUAGUUGGUGAUGUUUUCCUGUGUAGUAUGCCCGAUAAGGAGAAGGAUGCGGGGGCGGGAUGCAGGUACACUGGCCAGGUCGGAUGGAUGUAAGCCAAGGGGCAGAGGGGAGAAAAAUGGCUGUUCUGGAUGGAACGGGAUGGAAAAGUUGGGCCUUGGAAGUUUAAGAGAGAAGUGUUGCGUAAGAAGGUGUGUGUCGGGUUGCAUUUUGGAGUAUUGGCAUGGAGUUUUUGUAGGUGGGAGACUGUGUUUUCGCCUCUUGAUUUGAUGAAGGCCGGAGUAUCUUGACCGCUAGUUUUUGAUGGUAUAAGUGAGACUAUCCGAGAGAGCCGGCAGUGGGUGGGAUGAUGGGCGAGGGAAGUUUUGUGAGUGGAAGAGUGGGAUAUGUGACGCUGUAAUAUGAGGUAUGGAAAAUGUUGUGAUAAGUUGGGGAUGGGAACUGGUUUUGAGUGGAGGGUGAGGUUUCAUUGAAGAGACGGUGCUGCCAUGAUGAGAAGUGUUUUCUUCUGGAGGAGUGCCGGCCGGCUGGUUGUCAUUGCGAUGCUGUUGGGCAGGGUGAGGUGAUGAGUUCAUCAGUUGCGGUAUAAGCAAGAGUAUGAAUUGUGCAGAACGGAUUUCGUGCAAAUGAGCGGGAUUGAAUGUGUCAUCAUCAUGGACACCCAUGAUUGUCACC